CCGCGCCCCGGCGCCAUGAACGGGACGGUGAUUCCCGGCACGCCCAUCGCCGUGGAUUUCUGGAGCGUGCGGCGGGCGGGCGGCGCGCGGCUGUUCUUCCUGUCACACAUGCACUCGGACCACACGGUAGGGCUGUCCAGCACCUGGAGCCGCCCGCUGUACUGCUCGCCGCUCACCGCCCGCCUGCUGCACCACCGCCUAAAGGUGCCCACACACUGGAUCCGCCCGCUGGAGGUGGGGCAGAGCCACGUGGUAGGCGAGGAGGUGACCGUGACGCUGCUCGAUGCCAACCACUGCCCCGGCUCCGUCAUGUUUCUCUUCGAGGGCUCCUUCGGCACCAUCCUUUACACAGGGGAUUUCCGCUACAGCCGCGCCAUGCAGCACGAGCCAGUGCUGAGCGGCCGCCGCAUCGACCGCCUCUACCUGGACAACACCAACUGCCGGCUGCAGCGCGCGCUGCCCUCCAGGAGCCGGGCUGCACACCAGGCCGCGCAGCUCAUCCGCCAGCACCCGCAGCACCGCGUCGUCAUCGGUGUGUACAGCCUGGGGAAGGAGGAGCUGCUGGUGGACCUGGCGCUCGAGUUCAGCACGUGGGUCGUGGUGAGCCCCUCACGCCUGGAGCAGAUGCGGCUGCUGGAGCUGCCUGAGGUGUUCACGACGGAGGAGGGGGCUGGCAGGAUCCAUGCGGUGGACGUCGCUGAGAUCCGCUGGGACACCCUUGUGAGCUGGAACGUGCGGCAUCCGACCAUUGCCAUCCUCCCCACGGGCAGGCCCGUGAAGGUCACCCACCCCAAGAUCCACCUCAUCCCGUACUCGGAUCAUUCAUCCUUUUCAGAGUUGUGUGAGUUUGUGAGGUGGUUGAAACCCUGCUCGGUCAUCCCGAUUGUGAAAGACAGCACGUGCCACACUUCCUUUCAGAAAUACCUGAGUCCUGACCACCAGGCACCUCCUGGCCUUGGAAUUCCGAAGCCUCUGCAGGUGUCUGUACAGCGGCAGAGCAAAACAAAGAAGCAGAAACCUGUGUGUCUUGUGAAAAGAGCUGCCCAGCGCUCUGUGCCCAAAGGAGUUGUUUAUGAGUCCCUAGAGGAACAUACUGAGCAAUCUGACGGGCUCAGGGCUCUUACGGCUCCUCAGCAGAACUCCCAUGAGUCAGCUUUCUGCUCCCUUGAACAUAUUUGUUUUUAUGACUGUGAGGAGGAAGAGCCGAGUAGAGAACAGCCAGGGGGUGCAAUGGCAGCUGGCACUGCUGGGCAGUUGCUUCUUUCUGAUGAGGACUUUCCAAGUGAACUUCCAAAGGAAUAUUUACUCACUCCUUUAAAUGCCUUAAAGCAGGUUUCCUUUUACAAGGCAGUAGAAGAUUUAUUUAGUAGGUGGGAAGUGUCCUGAAAAUUGCUUGUCUGUCAGGGCAGAUACAGUUGAUAAUAAUGAUUCUGAAAGUCUUAAAA